UAACCUUGACAUACAGAGGAAGGGAGAGAGAAGUGGAGCACAAAUAGGUAUGUGGCACCUCCACACACCUGAGAUGUGGGAACCACAUUUUUACUGAUUGCCAUAGCCAUCUCUGCCAGUUUUGCACAAAAGUAAUUCAACGUCUCGUUCUACCUCACGUCUUCUCCAUAUUGGGCUUUGCCCACAAGAGUUGAAGAUACUGUUCAGUGACGGACAAAUCAGACAUCAGACGAAUCAGGGUGACUGAUCCUUCCUGUUGGCACCAUGGCAGAAAAUAAUUAUAGUUGGUGGAAGUUCACCUUCCUCCGAAAGAAAAAAUCAACUCCAAAGGUAUUGUAUGAAAGUCCAGAUAUUUAUGGAGUGGCCAAUGAUGAGAGUGUACAAGAGGGCACGCCAGCAGAUGGGAGCAGUGGAAGCCACAAUGAGCAAGAAUUCAAUGCCCGGCUAGAGAAAAUUGUGGACAAAAGUACCAAAGGGAAACAUGUCAAAGUUUCCAAUUCUGGACGCUUCAAAGAAAAGAAGAAAAUCAGGGCUACUUUGCCCGAAAACCCCAAUUUCUUUUCUGAUGGGGAACGGGAUGAAAAAUAAUGGCCAAGUGAAGGAGAUGCUUUUCAUAAGCCCGUUUUUGAGGACAUUUCUCAGCUGAAGAGAAGCUGAUGUUGACUCAUCAGGUUCAUUACAUUUGCUAAUGAAGUUAACGAGGGAGCCAUCUGAAACUUUAGGAUCGGGUCCUGAUUUUCAUGUGAAGUUUCUCCAAAGGAUGAACAUUACAUUAUGUUUUAUUUUGUUUUCCUCUUUUUUAAUUUAAGAAAUAAACAAUGCAAGAUUUGCAUUAAACACAAGCUUAUGAGGGACUUAUAAAUGAGAAAGGAAUAUUGACAGGUAGAGCACAGAAAAGGGAGCAUACAUAGUACUGCUAAAUUCAGAUCAAUUACGCCUCCUUAGCUACCUUGUAAACAUUCUAAUCGGAGUAAAUAGAAAGUGUUUGUUUUGUGUCUCAGGCCUGCCCAGCUCUUAGCACACUUGGACAGCUGCUCUGAUAGGCCUCAUUGGUACUGGCACCUGCUUUCGUCUUCCCUCCUCCCUGCCGUAAGAUUUCUUGCAACAGCGAUUGAAUUUGACUAUCACUGAAAAUUAUCCAAACAUUCACCUUAUAUGAUUUUAUUCUAUGUCAUGAUAGAAAAUUUAGAUGGGAAAUGUUUUUAUAGAUUAAGUUGCUUCUUAUAGGUGAGCUUUGGUGGCCUCUUAGAUAUCAACAACUAGGGCCAAUCUGAUGUCAGUACAUGAAAAGAUUCUACAGCCGUUCAUACAAAUCUUUAUUUUUAAGAAACUUGAAAACAAUCUGAUAAUUACCAGCAGUCAGCAUGAGCUGUCAAAAACAGAUCUUGCCAAAUGAACUUAAUCAAAGGUUUGUUUGGAUAGAAUCCUUAGAUUGAGGGAAUGCUGGAGAUGUAGUUUAACUUCAUUGCAGAAAAGCACUUUACAAAACAGCCCAUAUUCUGCUUAGCAUGCUACUUGAGUUUGAGCGGGAUAGGUGGCUACAUACCUGACUCAAAAAUUGAGGUCAGAGUACUAAUAAGUGGUUCCUUAUCAAAUUAGAGUAAGGUACUGUAGGAAGAAAAAUCCGGUCCGAUUCAAAGCCAGGAGAAAGUCGCUGGAAAUUAAAUGGAGUCUGACUGGCUUCAAGGAAAGAAGGUUUAUUUGGUUUCCAGAAACUUCAGUGACAACAGCAAUGUUUCUCGCUUGUCCAACCCCUUGGCUGGGUGAAUGGAUGGAUCUUUAUAGGGUUCUGGGAUGUUGUGAUUAAGAUGCUCUAGGCUAGGGGGAUUGUGCAAUGUAGUAUUUUUUUGCUAUUCUAAUGGUGGUGGGUUAAUCCUAAAGGUCAUGUCCUGUCUUUAGAAUUUGGAUGUGGGGUGUAAAUUCUUAAUCCCUUCAGAUGUAAGGGCAGAAGGCAUUUUGUUUAUGAAUAGAUUGACCCAGUCUUCCUUCAUAGAUACAAAAAUCCAUCGCUUAAAAACUUGAGGCUAUUAAGAAAGACUGGAGUUAUUUUCUGCCUUUGUUAAGAUUUAUUUUUCCUGAAUUUCUCCUUUGGAGAAAUAUCAUAUUCUGCCUCAUUUUAAUAUUAAGAAUAAAUAAUAUUUUAAUCUGGGGAGGGAGGGCUUCCUACAGUACAUGUGAGUGGAGGUAAUAUCCUAGAUCCUGAAUUCUGAAACAUUUUUAUUACUUGGAUAAAGACAUGAAACUUUCCUGAAUUUGCUGAUGAUAUAAAACUGGAUAGGAUAUCUUUCAGAACAGAAAUAAAAUUUAGUAGUUUUUAUAAAAGAAACGGGAUAAAAUAUCAAUAUUAUUUAAUAGAGAUUAUUGCAAAAUUAUUUUCUAAGGAAGCAGAAAUUCUAUGGAUAAAUUGCAGUAUUAAUAAAUUGUAAACUGAAUAUGGGAUUUGGAUUGAGAGUCAUUCAAUGUCUGCUUCAAAAUUUUGCUAAACUGAAACAAAUAAUGUGAUGUGCUUGAAGGGAAGAAAAUCAAAACCAAAAGGCAAAUAUAAUUUUAGGUAGCAUAUACAGAAAUACAGUUUUAAAAUAAAAAUUCUACUUGCACUUUGUUCUGCAUUUGAUAUGCCCACUCUACCUUGAAUACCAUGACUACUUAUGGCUUCUGAUUCAGGCAAUCUUUAACAUUUUAAAGCAUAACAAUGAGAGUAACAGGUAACUGGCAAGAGAUAUAUAAUCCUUGAUUUUUAAACUAUUGGACAUGUAGACUUCAGCUCCCGGAAUGGACUUCACAUAUUUGUGAAGUCCAUACACCAUGAAGUUGCCAAGUUUGAAAAACACUGGGUUAAAUGAAGAGGGAUGGUUAUUUCUGAGAAGAAACCAACAAGAGCUAUGGUCAUGUUUUUCAAAUACUUGACAGGAUAUAACAUUGAAUAGAGCACUGAAUAAUGUAUUUAAAUUACAGGAACAGAUUAUUAUUGAAUAUGUAUGAGAGGAAAAUUACUUCUGAAUUGUAAGUGCUUUUUGACAGUGGAACCAUUAAUCAGAGAAGUAGUGCCUCCCCUUUGUUGGAUGUGUUCAGGUGAAGAUCAGAUGAAGAUUAGAGAAAAUCAUCUAUAAUUGGAACAAUGGACUACAACCUGUUGGCUUAAUAGCACCUACUAUAGUAUGGCUCUUGAACUUGAUAGGUGGACAGCAUCACUUUACUAAUUUAGCAAAAAGCAAAGGAGAUUCUUCUAGUGAUUUUGAGCAUAGUCUUUAACUUAUGACAUACUAUAUAAUGAAGCCUGUUCAUAAUGGUUGUAAGUCAUGACAGUCAUUUAGUGGGUUGAUCAUUUAACCAAUACAAAUUUACAACUUUUUUGUGGCAAUCAUUAAACAAACAUCAUGGUCAUUAAAUAAAUCAAUGGUUUGCCAUGGGCCAAGUUUUAUAAAAACCCAGAAAUAAAUGAGGGUGGAGGUUCUUUCUUGAGGGUUGGUUUCUGAACUUUUCG